AUGAACUCACUAGGCAAGCGCAAAAACAGCGAGGCCAGCGAUGAAGACCGCGUCUUGGGAGAUGAGGCCAAGCGCUUGCGUGAGCUUAGUCAACCUGCUCAACACACUACUCGUCUCACUACCAUGAAACAGAGCGAGCAGGACGGAGUUGAUAUUGUCACUCAAUCUUCUGAUACUUCCGAGUUUGCUGACACUCCCAUGAGCGACUUCACCCCCCUCAAGUACGACAUCAUGUCUGCUGACAGUCCCAUGAGCGACUUCAACCCCCUCAAGUACGACAUCAUGAAAGAUUUUGUUCGUGGUACCACUAAACUCAAUGAUCCUUCCGCGGCUUCAUCUUCCAUUGGAGAGGAUGUUACGAGAUUGAAUACCCUAAAGUUGCUUCGCCUCAUACAAGCAUCCCCCAUCUGGGCUCACACCCGUAGUGCACUAUGCGAUUCAUUGCCAUAUUUCAGAUCCCACCAGGGAGGAAACUAUCACAUAGACAACGUCACACAUGGAAUCUUGGUUGACGGAUGCGGAUCCGACAGAGACCAUAAUGAUGGCACAGUGAUCAUCACCACCGUUGGUGGUGAAAAGACUGGGAUCUCUUCAUCCGGUCAGAGACUUCUCCAGGCGGACCAGUCUGAGAGAACAGCCAAUUACAAAGGCUUGAAAAAAAGCAAAGAGCAGUGUGUCUCUGUCGUAGUGGUUAGCGGCAAUCAGAACAAGUUCUUCCAACUUCCUUUCCCGUACUGCGUCCUUGAUGAAUACCAGAUUACAGAUAUCUGGAUGGAGAAAUUUCCUGAAGCAAACGAUGGCUUUGCUGGCUGGAUGGUCCGUUUCGAAAGACUCGACUUUGAUAAGCCUGCUUGGUUCCUGGAAGAUAAGAGUCACAGUUAUGUGGCAGACCAAUACCACUGCCCAGAAGAAGAAUGCCAGGGCUGCUGCCAAUCCAGCAAGCGCAUUUACACUAUCGGGUGGACUUGCUUGAAUGCCCAAUGCCCGAUUUUUUUUCUAUUUCCAGUUGACAUUGAUGGCGAGACCCAUUGGCAACAAAAGAGUUCGAGCAGCCUUGUUUACAGCGACGCCUUCCUGAAAGAAAGGACAGAUUACCGCAAGAAAGGAACCGUCCACCAACGCCGCACACUGAUGCCAGACUUACCAACCGCCGGUGAUAAUGUAGGAACCGAGCUGCCAUAUGGCCGAGGCAUUGUGUGCCCUAAAUGCCAUUGCUGCAGCCGCCGAAUUUACUGGGGUGACUGGCGAUGUGAGAACGAGUCAUGCGACUUCACAUACAAGCUCGACUUCCCGACUUAUCCACUCACAGAGAUCCAAAGAGAAACAGAGGCUGCUAUGAAGAAAUUCAACACUAACGAUCAAUUUUUGGUAAGUAAUUGGAACACUGUCCUCGCCGGCCAUGAGGCAAACUUCUACGCUCUGCCAAACGAGGAUGGAAAGGUUUGCGGGAUUGUUGUCGUCCUUCGUGCCACCAAGGAAAUUUGCGACUUGCCGAAUGGUCCUAAUGAACUGUUCAUUGGAAUGCAAACUCAAGAUCUCGAACUCAUGAGACGUGGGAGUUAUCAGACAGGUAGAAAGAGAGAGCAACUGACCAAUCACUUUGCCUCCAACUGGGGCGCUGAGUACGAGUUCGGUGUCCAUGUCGACACAAAAGGCUUCAGUGAUGCGCCCAAAGAAAUUCUCACUGUAGCUUCUCAAUUGUCAUGGGCCCAGGCUCAAGUCAUGAAGCUCGUCAAGAAGAAGUUUCUGGAGAGCAAAAUCGACUACUUGAAACAAUCUAUGUCACUUGAGUCCGAGGACUUCAAUGAAGUACUCUCUCUGGCUUAUUUUGCUAACUCCGCAAUCGGCUAUCACGAUGAUGGCGAGAAGCAACUUGGUCCCACGGUUGCAUCAAUUUCUCUUGGUUCACCCUCUAUGAUGAGAUUCAAGCCCAAGCUGAAGAACAGCAGCAUUGGCAUCAAAGGAACUGAAAAAUCGACAAACAAAAAAGCCGUCGUCAGUUUUCGUCUCUUUCAUGGUGAUAUAUGUAUUAUGCAUGGCGUGGAUAUUCACAAGUACUAUUUGCAUCAAGUCACACCUGAAGGCAAGCUCCGCUUCGCUCUUACAAGCCGUUACAUUCGACCGGAUAUGAUGCGCGACGACAUCGCUCGACACAAUCUCACUACCAUGAGCAAACAUCCGUACGACAUCAAACCCCUAGCCUACAAAGGCAUUGGCGCCGAGCCCAUGGACGACAAUGAAACUACUAUUCAAGAAGGCUCUGCCAGUAUCACACAGCCAGGUGCCGUCGAGGAUCUUGAUACAAACGACAAGUUGAUUGUCCGUCUUCGACAACCCUACCCCGAAUUGUAUAUCCUCAUGCAAUCUUUGAGCAUUUCCGGUGGAACGAUUCCAAGCGAUGAUUAUUUGCGAUGUCGCGCACGUCUCAUGCCUGAACUUAGAGAUAUGAUUAAGGUGCGCAGGGACAAGUGUUGAAUUUGAACACGCCUUCGAAGCCUGGCAUGUUGUCUUCGCACAAGUAACAGAUCUGCGGCUAUAAUAUUGAUGCUUCGUUACUUUCAUCAAGCUCAGAGUCUGGUCCCUCAUGCUUGGCU